AUGGGCAACUCGUGUUUUCCCCUCAAGGAACGCUUGCUGUUGCGCCUGCGGGCUCUGCCCGCCAGUCUGAGCUUGAUCCGCGCUUUCACGCGCUACCGGAGAAGAAUCGAUUACCGCAUAGUGGUGGUCGGCUCCACUGGGGUGGGGAAGAGCACCAUCGUGAAGCGGUGGGUCCGUGGCACCUUCCGCGACAAAUACCUGGCCACCCUUCAGAGCACCCACCCCCAAGGGCUGGGCCGCAACAAAAUCGGUGGGCUGCGCAUCACCGACACCACAGGCACCCGCCAGUACCCGGGGCUGAAGUACUUUGCCAUUCUCAGAGGGCAUGCUUUCGUCCUGGUCUACUCCGUCGCCAAGAAGGAAACCCUGGAUGAGCUGAAACCCUUCUACGAUCUGAUCCGCAGAAUCAAGGGCAACAACCUGCACAAGUUCCCCGUGGUGCUAGUGGGCAACCAGAGUGACCAGAGCUACCGCGAGCUGAGCGCAAGCGAAGGUGCUGCCCGCGCCCUGGAGUGGAAUUGCGCCUUCCUGGAGACCUCCGCCAAGACCGAGUUCAACCUGCAGGAGUUAUUCCACAUGCUGCUGAACCACGAGAAGAUGUCUGCUGCCUGCCUCCCGAACACCCAGAAGAAUUCCCAGGUGUCCCAGGCUGUGGAGAAGCUGCUAACUAAGUGCAUUGUUAUGUGA